AUGUGUGUGUGUGGCUCAGCUCCAGAGGUGUCCAGCUCCUGUCGCUGCCCGGGGGACAGCUGCCCGGGGGACAGCUGGCAGCUAAAGAAAACCCGGAAGGACACGUGCAACUUCGACAAGGAGUUCACCAAGAUGGCCGUGGACCUGACCCCCACGGACAAGCUGGUCAUCAUGAACCUGGACCAGGACGAGUUUCUAGGCUUCUCCUUCGUCAACGCAGAAUAUGUGGCCCCCAACAUUUAA